UUCAGAAAUUAGAUUAUUUUAAGGUUUGUUGGCAAUCGGAAAUAUUAAACUUAGUAAAAAUGUAUCGAUUUUUAGUGUUCGGGAUCUUAACAAUUGUAUUUUUAUUUCAUCAUGUUUCGGCUGAUGUUAAACCGUUAACGUUGCAAGAUGUGCAUAAAACAAACGAUCAAAUUAACCCAAUAUCAGAUUUGAAAGACGCUCUAUUGACUGCACGCAUAGCACGAACAUUACAUAAGGGAAAAAGUGGUUAUUCUAAGGGGGGUAGUUAUUGUAGUAGUUGCGGCUAUGCCCAACCACAACCACAAUACUAUAACCAGGGAGGAGGAGGCUGUAGCACAUGUGGAGGAGGAGGCGGAGGUGGUGGAAGCUGGUCAAGUUCAUCAUCUUCUUCAUCUUCGGGAUCGUGGGGGGGUUAUGGAAAAAAAUAAUAACAUUAAAUUUUAGAUUUAUUUUUGUAA